AUAAUUGGACGGUUCAGAUCCAUCUACUAAAGACAAGUCUGUUUUCAAGCGGCUGUCAAAUAGCAUCGCCCUAAAAACACAGUUCAAAUGGAGGAGGGAAUCCAUUAAUAAGUUGCAUUGCAAACCGAAACAAUCCCCAUUUCCCUGGCACGCAUCGCCAACAGCCUCCCUUUCUCCACCCAUCGCCUUCUCCUCUGCAGCUCUGCCCGUCCUCCCCUGCAAGCUGAACCCAUGGCGGGGCCUUCCCGCGGUGGCCACGGCGCCAUGACCAGCCUCGCGCUCCUCAUGCUGCUGUCGUUCGUCGUCGUCUGCUCCCUCCCCGCUGUGCGCGCCCAGUCCACGAUUUUCACCAGCACCGUCGCCGGUAGGGAGUCCACAACCUUCUCCUUCCCCAGGUUCAACAAGAACCUGCUGAAGCUCGCCAACCUGACGUUCUCCAGCAACUCCAGCGUCAGCUCGAACGCGCUGCAGAUCACCCCGGACACCGGCAACAACCCCGAGAGGUUCCUCAUCAACCAGACCGGCCGCGUCUUCUUCGCCACCCCGUUCGUGCUCUGGGCCGCCAACGCGUCCAACUCCACCGCCGACGGCCGGUAUGUCGCGUCCUUCUCCACGGCUUUCAAGGUCAACCUCUACCGCGUGAACAAAACCAUGAAAGGGGAAGGGUUUGCGUUCCUCGUCGCGUCCGGGGACGACGUCGUCCCGCCGCCCGGCAGCGAUGGCGGGUACCUCGGCCUUACCAACGCGUCCACCGACGGCCUCGCCACCAACGGGUUUGCGGCCGUGGAGCUGGACACUGUGAAGCAGUACUACGACCCCGACGACAACCAUGUUGGGCUCGACGUCAACGGCGUCCGCCACACCGUCGUCACCCCGCUCGCCCCCUACGGCAUCCAGCUCGCGCCCAACGACACCAGCACCGGCAGCUACUUUGUCUGGGUCGACUACAACGGAACGUCGCGGCACGUGUGGGUGUACAUGUCCGCGAACGACAGCAAGCCGGCCACCGCCGUGCUCAACGCGUCGCUGGACCUCUCGACGGUCCUCCCCGGAAAGAAGGCCUACUUCGGCUUCUCGGCGUCCACCGGCGUGGAGUACCAGCUCAACUGCGUGCUCAUGUGGAACAUGACGGUGGAGAACCUCGCCGACGGCAGCGUCCCCAAUAAAGGGCUGUCCGGCUGGAAGCUCGGGGUGACAAUCGGCGUGUUGUGCGGCGCCGCCGCCGCCCUGGCGCUCGGGCUGCUCGCCGGCCUGUACAUCAGGAAGAAGAGGAAGAAGGUCGGGGACGACCCGAGCUCGGUGUCCAGCAACCCCAUUGACCUGAGGAGCAUCCCGGGGGUGCCCAAGGAGUUCGACUACAAGGAGCUGAGGAAAGGGACCAACAACUUCGACGAGAAAACGAAGCUAGGGCAGGGCGGGUACGGCGUUGUGUACCGCGCCACCGUGGCCGUUCUCGGGGAGAACGGUCAGAGCACGGAGGUGGCCGUGAAGCAGUUCUCCGGGGCCAACACCAAGGGGCAGGAGGACUUCCUCGCCGAGCUCAGCAUCAUCAACCGCCUCCGGCACCGAAAUCUCGUCAAGCUCGUCGGCUGGUGUCAUCAGAAUGGCGUGCUGCUGCUGGUGUACGACUACAUGCCCAACGGCAGCCUGGACAGGCACCUCUUCGGCGGCAAAGACGCCUCGACCCUCGACUGGAAGCAGCGCUACAAGGUCGUCACCGGCGUGGCGUCUGCCCUGAACUACCUCCACCACGACUUCGAACAGUUGGUGAUCCACCGCGACAUCAAGCCGUCAAACAUCAUGCUGGACUCUGAGUUCAACGCCCGGCUCGGUGACUUCGGCCUCGCUCGCGCUCUCGAGUCCGACAAGACCUCCUACACCGACAAGAUCGGCGUGCCUGGCACGCUGGGGUACAUCGCGCCGGAGUGCUUCCACACCGGCAGGGCAACGCGGGAGUCCGACGUGUACGGCUUCGGCGCCGUGAUUUUAGAGAUCGUCUGCGGCCGCCGCAUCUCCUGCAGCAACCCGGCCGGGUGCAGCCAGCUGCUGGAGUGGGUGUGGAAGCUCCACGGCGCGGGCCGCGUCCUCGAGGCCGUGGACCCGAGGCUGGGCGCGGAGUACGACGAGGAGGACGCCGAGCGGCUGCUGCUGCUGGGCCUGGCGUGCAGCCACCCGAACCCUGUGGAGCGGCCGCGGGCGCAGGCCAUCCUGCAGAACCUGACGCGCUCCGUGCCUCCACCCGUCGUGCCCGUGUCCAAGCCGGUGUUCAUGUGGCCUGUGUCGCGCGCUGACGGGGAGUACGGCGACGGCGACACGCCGACGUCGCACAGCGGGGUCUCCAGCAUGGUGGUGACCUCGUCGUCGCACUACGCAUCGUCGUACUACCAAGUCAGCAGGGAGGCGGCGGAGAAAGACGUGACCACGGUGUGAGCGAGGCGCGGGACCAGCAUGCAGGCGCCGCGGCUGAGCGAGCAGACAUGACGAGUCAAUGGCUCACGUGGGCGGGAUCAAGUGGAGGCUCGGUCGGAUUUGGCGCAUUGAACAGUCAAAGGCCGCGGAGUUUGGUGGUGUCAGCGUGGCAAACGAAACGAGAGAAUAAAAACGUCGAACCUGAGCGCGCGAAAUUGCCAGUGGGGUUUGCGUUUGAGAGCCUUUUUCAUUUGCCGCGAUGUGUAAGUAGAUGCUCCUUUUUGUUUUGCAAAUGUUCGUUGAUUGCUUUUUUCCCACUGGCGUCGAGCUCUCAUGCCUGUAUCACCGCUGUAAAUAAAUCACCUCCAUCUAUGUGCUCUGUGCAGUGCUGUCUUUCAAUAUCAGAUCAUCUGGUAUGUUUUCUC